AUGGAUGUUCUUAAAAAUGAAACUUCAUAUCCUUAUUCAUUGGAUGACUUUGCUACAUUUCUUGACCAAACUUAUUGUUUAGAAAAUUUGGAAUUCUGGUUAGCAGUUCAACGAUACAAAUUUUAUGCCGAUAGCUUUUACAAUUCUUCAAAUAACAGUUCAUCAGAAUUAUUCGAUUAUGAUAUACCUUCUUCCUUACCUUUAACAUCAGACGCAACAAUCAAUAAUUAUUUAGAAAGUGUCGUGGCUUUACGUGGUGAUGCUCCAGCACAUCUCAAUUUCUUAAAACAAAAACUUCAUGAGCUCAUAACAACCUACAUCCUCCCUAACUCAUCAAAAGAAAUUAAUAUUAUUGCUUCUUCACGAGAAGAUUUACUCACCAAUGUGUUCCAAUAUAACAACUAUCAUCCAUCCAUACUCGAAACCAUUAGCCAUCAAGUUUAUGAGUUGAUGCAAGGUUCAAGUUUCUCACAAUUUUUGAUUGAGGCUGGUAAUGUGGAAUUAAGAAUGUCAAGCGAAGAAAGCCAAGAUGAUAGUGAUAAUUCUUCACCAAUAAUAUCUCGUCGUAAAAGUAUUAUAUCAAAAUCAAUUAAAAAACAAAAAUUUGGUGAAUCAAACCCAGUAGCGACUCAAGAAGACAAAGAAGACGAAGAUGCAAAGAAAAUGAAUAAAAUUGUGGGCGAACGAUGGGAGAGAAUUAAGAAUCUUACUCACCGAUCAAAUAAAAGAUCAUCACCAUCCAGUUCUAAUAACAAUGGUGCAGUCGAUGAUGAGAAAAAGGAUGAAAACUCACAAUCACCACCAUUAAAGAAAUUUAAAACAGAUUUAAUCCCAUCUGCUAGCUGGUUCGCUUAUACAUCACCACAGCCCAACGAUCACAGUGAUAAUAAUAAUGUUAUUAUUAACAAUAGCAGUAGCAGCUACAAACCUAAAGUCUUUAGAAUUAAUGGUAAAUACGUUUUAAAGGAUAGAGCUUAUUAUAAUAAAUUAAAGCAAAAAAGGAAGGAAAUGAAACAUCACCAAAAAACAAUUAAUUUCAUAAACAGCCAUCUUCCAGAAGCUUAUUGGAUUAAAUCUGAUGAUAAUAAUAAUAAUAAUCAAAUAAAUAUAUUAUAG